UAAUUGUUUCCAUGAGACGCACUAAUGUACACAAUAUUACCGAUUUAUGCACUUGAACUACGUAAAAAUGAACAGCAACAAGUUUUUCGAAGAUUACGAAAAACUCAAGACUGUAGGGCAAGGAGCUUUUGGUACCGCGACACUGUAUCGACGUUUAAAUGAUGGGAAACAGGUCGUCAUGAAAGAGGUUUUCCUGAUGGAUAUGGACAAUUCGGAAAAAAAAUCAGCCUUGAACGAAGUUGAGAUUUUAUCAAACUUGAAUCAUCCCAAUAUUAUCAAAUAUCUUGGGAGUUUUCAAAAGGAAGGUUCGUUAGUCAUAAUAAUGGAAUACGCCGAUGGUGGUAACUUGGCGCAGCUCAUUAACGCAAAGAAACACAAAAAUGAGAUUUUCACCGAGAAAAGCAUCCUAAACAUUCUGUCACAAAUCAGUGCCGCUAUUAGCUACAUGCACACGAACAAAAUUUUACACAGAGACUUGAAAUCGGCAAACAUAUUUUUGAACAUGAACGGUAACGUAAAAGUGGGCGAUUUUGGCAUUUCUAAAAUGCUCAAUACCCGAUCACAAGCGCAAACUGUCGUCGGCACCCCUUACUACCUCAGUCCCGAAAUGUGCGAAGGGUCUGACUAUAACGAAAAGUCCGACAUUUGGGCAAUCGGCUGCAUUCUGUACGAGCUCGCAUGUUUGAGGAAACCGUUCGAAGCGAUGACUUUACCAGUCCUCGUCCAAAAAAUCACAGCGUGCGAAUAUUCCAACAUUCCUGAAAUAUAUUCGGACGAGUUGUCGCAACUCGUCCACUCGAUUCUGCAAAGAGACCCAGUUGCGAGACCCUCAGCGAAAUACAUCCACGAUACGAUUGUACCAAAAACAGCGAAAAAAUUUGAAGCACAAAGCGCCAAAAUAAGUGUUUCACGAGAACGCUCGAUCCUCUACAAAAUCAACAAUUUCGGCGACGACCAACAAAUAAUCCCCCAGGAGUUGCCCCACAAAACAAUCAUAGAUUUCUCGAUCGGCUAUAGUCACAGUAUUGUUGUUACGAUCGAUCACUGUGUGCACACUUGGGGCGAAAAUGAUUUCGGCCAGCUUGGGAUAAACAAUACGCAGAAACAAACAUUCGCCACAAUAGUAAAAUCCUUGCAGCACGAAAAAAUUAUUCGAUGCGCGGCAGGACGAAACUUUAGUCUUUUUUUGAAUGCCGAAGGGGUUGUGUUUAGUUGUGGGGACGCACAGCAAGGGUGCUUGGGCCAUGGUAAUUGGGAUUCGGUGCAAAGUCCCACAAUAAUAGAAGCACUAAUGCACGAAAAGAUCGCCAAAAUAUCCUGCGGUGACGAACACGUGGUUGCGCUAUCAACCGAGGGCAGAGUGUUCACCUGGGGCUCCUCAAAAAACGGCCAACUUGGCCAAGGCCACAUGCAAUACAGAUGUUCUCCUCUGGCUAUAAAACUUCUCAAUUUGACGAAGAUAAAAGACAUAUUUUGCGGGGAAAACGAAACUGUUUUAUUAACAAUCAACGGCCAAGUUCUAGUGAGUGGAUUGAACAAUUACCGCAAACUUGGAGUCGCAGAUCAGGAAAAAAUUUAUUUAUUCACUCCUGUGCCGAUCAGAGAAAAAAUUAAAUUCGUCUCCAUUGGUUUAAACCACACGAUGAUGCUAACGGAAAACGGGGUCCUAAUUGCCUUGGGGCGAAAUUCCGAAGGGCAGUUAGGAAAAGGAAAUUUCAUUAACUACCCCCAGCCACAAACAAUUAAAUUACGAAAUAAAAUUACAAUGAUCGCGUGCGGUUUGAACUUUACUGUGGCGGCCGAUAAUCGAAAUGUUGUUUGGUUUUGGGGUUCUUCGUACAAAACGUAUAAAAACAUGCCGCACAAAAACAGCAACUCUGUUCUGCCUUUGUCCAAAAAUCGAGGCGAAGACACGAUGAUAAUUAAAGAUUUUGGGAUUGAAGAGAGUUUGGAUCAGUUUGACUCACAAUGUGCGAAAAUUCCGCGCUCCAUAUUGGCGUUUUAUGCGUCUCCAAGUAAUAUUAAAACAGGGAAUGUUAUUUAUGUGGGUGAAAUAAAAAUCAAAGCGGGUAAUUUGUACGUGCUAGCACACACUACCACGCCUCCGCCUGUCAAACAGUUCACUGAUAGAGAUAUUAAUAAAGACACAAUGUCACAAAUUGGAGGUACUACAGCUGCGCCCACUACGCUAACAAGUUUGCCAAACAUGGUUUAAUAUUUCAGUAAAAAGUACAGCAUAUACAGUUGUUAAUAAAUUAAUUGUCGUAGUUAAUGCCUUUACCCUUUUUGGUGACGGUUUUUGAGGAAUAAACUUUUCUUUUA